GGCACAGGCGCGCACACUCUCAGUAGCCGCUCCGCUCCUCUCCUCUCCUCUGUCACACGUUCUCCAACCUAAGGACGCCGGACAGAGGGACGUGGUCACUCUCUGAAAGGUUCAACUCGAGAGAGACAGAAUGCAGUGGACCUCCCUCCUGCUACUGGCAGGCCUCUGCUCCCUCUCUGGGGCCCAGUAUGAAGAAGACCCUCACUGGUUUUCCCACUACCUCCGCAGCCAGCAGUCCACCUACUACGAUCCCUAUGACCCUUACCCUUAUGAGCCCUACGAGCCUUACCCCUAUGGGGUGGAAGAAGGUCCAGCCUAUGCCUAUGGCUCUCCAUCCCCACCAGAGCCCCGUGACUGCCCCCAGGAGUGCGACUGCCCACCCAACUUCCCCACAGCCAUGUAUUGUGACAAUCGCAACCUCAAGUACCUGCCCUUCGUCCCCUCCCGCAUGAAGUACGUCUACUUCCAAAACAACCAGAUUUCCUCCAUCCAGGAAGGUGUCUUUGACAAUGCCACUGGGCUGCUCUGGAUUGCUGUCCACGGCAACCAGAUCACCAGUGACAAGGUGGGCAGAAAGGUCUUCUCCAAGCUGAGACAUCUGGAGAGGCUGUAUCUGGACCACAACAACCUGACACGGAUGCCUGGUCCACUGCCACGAUCCCUGCGGGAGCUCCAUCUCAACCACAACCAGAUCUCGCGGGUCCCCAACAAUGCUCUAGAGGGGCUGGAGAACCUCACAGCCUUGUACCUCCAACACAAUGAGAUCCAGGAAGUGGGCAGUGCAAUGAGGGGCCUCCGGUCACUGAUCUUGCUGGACCUGAGUUACAACCACCUCCGGAGGGUGCCGGAUGGACUGCCCUUAGCCCUUGAGCAGCUGUACCUGGAGCACAACAACGUGUACACAGUCCCCGAUAGCUACUUCCGGGGCUCGCCCAGGCUCCUGUAUGUGCGGCUGUCCCACAACAGUCUCACUAACAACGGCCUGGCUUCCAACACCUUCAAUUCCAGCAGCCUUCUUGAGCUCGACCUCUCCUACAACCAGCUGCAGAAGAUCCCCCCAGUCAACACCAACCUGGAGAACCUCUACCUCCAAGGCAACAGGAUCAAUGAGUUCUCCAUCAGCAGCUUCUGCACCGUGGUGGACGUCAUGAACUUCUCCAAGCUGCAGGUGCUGCGCCUGGACGGGAACGAGAUCCAGCGCA